GAAUUUGCUGUCACAUUUUCCUUUCAUCCUGCACUUGAAAAGUUUUGAUUUUCAUUUAUAUUUGCCGCUUUCUUUGAAUAAACCUUCGUGUGUGGUGGUUGACAGUACUUCAAUUGGCACGUGUAGUUUAAAAAAAAAUUUGUUUAAUUUUUAAUUAAUUAAUACUCAAAAUGGAACGAGAAGAAUUCUACGGAGUGACGCUUAGCGAAAAGGAACCCCUAGCACAAUUUGAAAUGGAAGAGCCAACAACAACUGCUGAAGAUCAGAAGUUGGUAAUUAAACAAAUUUGUUUGGGAGCCGAAGCUAAACAGGGAGAGUUUAAUGUAGUACAGGUCGAAACAAGAAUUAAUCAAAAAGAAACGCUGAAAAUACCAAUAGCAGUACUUAAAGCCGGAGAGACCCGCGCCCUACGUCCUAACAUUGAAUUCCUCAAUACUUCAGUAACAUUCAAAUUGAUUCAGGGCACGGGUCCCGUUUAUAUGUAUGGUCAAAAUUUAUAUGGCCAAAAUAUGUACGGACAAAACUCAGUUGACGAAUACGGUGAAGCCCCUUGGUCCGAAAAUGAAGAAAUCGACGAUGAAGAUGAUGAUGAGUUUGAUGAAGAAGCGUCUCCACCACCACAAACAAAUGGCAAGAAUAAAAGGAAAUAAUCAAGAUAUUACAGUAAGAAGUCGAUUUAAAAAGUUAAUGGUUAUUAUAACCGAAACUGUUAAGUUUAUUACAUAAGUUUAAAUAAAGUGAUGAAUGUAAUAAAAAAAAAAUUUUGUACAUCUAUAAUAAGAUUAUUGACUGUAUCUGAAAGUAUUGGUACAUGAAAAGGAAUAAAUAUCAUUAAUGAAAAAAAAAACUAGAA